AUGCCUUGGGCAAGUUCUCCCCUCUCUGAUAUGAUGUCUUGCGAAAGUUUACUGAUAGACAAAGGAAUGAUGGAUGAGUUGAAAGAAGUUAAGAAGGUAUUGAACCCCAUAGAAGUUUUGCUUGUUGUGGAUGCAAUGACUGGCCAAGAAGCUGCAGGUGUUCAGACUUAUCAUUCAAUUUUUUGA